CGGAGCGGCCCCUCGCCGGCGAGGAAGGUGCUGGCAGCGCGGAGGGACUGAGCGGAGAGCGGCCGGAGAAGGCCGGGCCAGACUGCCCGGCGCUGUGGGAACUCGGCGCGGGAGGCUCAGCAGGGGAAGGGCCUUCGCCCGCGGAGAGCAGCCGGGCGCGCUCGCAGCUGGAGCCGCCGAGGAGGGGCCUCGCCGCCCCGGGCCCCACCUUUGUCGGGGUGGCCGGGGGUGGUGUCGGUGCUGCGACGGGAGCCGGGGCAGCGCGGAGGAGCCCGCCCGGCGCGGGAGGUGGAUGGGCCGGGAUGCAGCCGCAGCCCUCGCCGUGAGAGCGGGGGGCCUCGCCGCCGCCUUCCCCGGAGCGUGAGGCAGCGAGGAGGGGCGGCCCAGAGGACAGAGACCUUUGCCGGGAUAGGACCUUUGCGGCGCCUCCGUGAGCCCGCAGCUCGCUCUCCGUGCCCCGGGCAGCCCGCAGGGCCCGCGCUGACUGACACGGCUGUGGGCGCGUCUGGAUAUGUUCCCUUCCCAACCGGGCGCUUUCUUCGAUGUCGUGAAGCUGCGUGGGAAAUAGCCCGGUUCCCAGCGGAGUCGGGAGCGUGCCGCCGUCCUCCCCGGCGGGGGAGAUGCCUCGGGGCUGGGAGGCAGAGCCAGGCGCUUCCCCCGUGUCCGCUGAGCGCUGCCGGCUUCCCAGGCAUGACGGCGGGCGGCUGUAAUGGAGUAAGAGCGAAGACGGCUCCUCUUAUCUGCCAUUUGCCCUUCCAGACGGGAUUGUAAACCGAGAGAGUUAAGGAAGGCUGUGCGAAAGCAGGAAGAAUUUACUCUCUUCGUGGUUUGGCUUUUUAUUUUUUUUUUUUUUUACUCCCUUUUCUUUUUUCUCCUCCCGGCUCGAACCGUGGCUUGCCCAGGUAUGCCUGCCUCACUGCAGCACCUUGUGCUGGUGCUCCUGCUCUCCAGUGCCACCCUGCUGCUCGGCACUGCGGCUGCUACACAGAGUGAGGAGCGGUUGUGUGCAUUUAAAGACCCGUAUCAGCAGGACCAUGGAAUCAGUGAGAGCCGAAUCUCCCAGGAGAAUGGCACMAUUUUGUGCAUGAAAGGUAGUACCUGCUAUGGACUUUGGGAAAAAACACGAGAAGGAGACAUACAUCUUGUAAAACAAGGUUGCUGGUCUCACAUAGGAGACCCACAGGAGUGUCACUUUGAAGAGUGUAUUGUUACAACCACCCCUUCCUUGAUUCAGAAUGGAACAUACCGCUUCUGCUGCUGUAGUACAGACUUGUGUAAUGUCAACUUCACUGAAAACUUCCCACCUCCUGACCCGACUGAUACAACACCUUACAAUUCUUCUCAUUCUUUUCAUCGAGAUGAGACCAUCGUUAUUGCCCUGGCAUCUGUGUCUGUACUGGCUGUCCUGAUUGCAGCUCUGUUCUUUGGAUACAGGAUGCUUGCAGGAGACCGUAAACAAGGUUUGCACAGUAUGAACAUGAUGGAGGCAGCAGCAUCAGAGCCCUCACUGGAUCUGGAUAAUCUAAAGCUGUUAGAGUUGAUUGGCCGGGGACGAUAUGGAGCUGUGUAUAAAGGUUCCUUAGAUGAACGUCCAGUUGCUGUGAAAGUAUUUUCAUUUGCAAAUCGUCAGAACUUUGUCAAUGAGAGGAACAUUUACAGGAUUCCACUGAUGGAACACGAGAACAUUGCCCGCUUCAUUGUGGGAGAUGAGAGAUUCACUGCAGACGGCCGCAUGGAAUAUUUAUUGGUGAUGGAAUAUUACCCCAAUGGUUCUUUGGGCAAAUAUUUGAGUCUCCAUACAAGUGACUGGGUGAGCUCUUGUCGUUUGGCACACUCAAUAACUCGGGGCCUGGCGUACUUGCACACGGAGCUGCCUCGAGGAGACCAUUACAAACCUGCAAUAUCCCAUCGUGACUUGAACAGCCGCAAUGUGCUGGUGAAGAACGAUGGAACAUGUGUCAUCAGUGAUUUUGGGCUCUCCAUGAAGUUAACUGGAAACAGACUGGUACGACCAGGGGAGGAGGACAAUGCAGCCAUUAGUGAGGUUGGUACAAUCCGCUACAUGGCCCCAGAAGUGCUUGAAGGAGCAGUGAACUUGAGGGACUGUGAAUCUGCUUUGAAACAAGUGGACAUGUAUGCACUGGGCCUGAUCUACUGGGAGAUAUUCAUGAGAUGUACAGACCUCUUCCCAGGGGAAUCUGUGCCAGAGUACCAGAUGGCUUUCCAGACUGAAGUCGGAAACCAUCCCACUUUUGAAGAUAUGCAAGUCUUGGUGUCUAGAGAGAAGCAAAGACCAAAAUUCCCAGAAGCAUGGAAGGAGAAUAGCCUGGCUGUGAGGUCACUUAAAGARACAAUUGAAGACUGUUGGGAUCAAGAUGCAGAAGCUCGACUAACAGCACAGUGUGCUGAGGAGAGAAUGGCAGAACUCAUGAUGAUUUGGGAGAGAAAUAAAUCAGUUAGUCCAACAGUCAACCCAAUGUCAACUGCCAUGCAAAAUGAGAGGAAUCUGACRCAUCAUAGACGUGUAUCAAAGAUAAGGCCAUAUCCAGAUUAUUCUUCCUCUUCCUACAUUGAAGAUUCAAUCCACCACACGGACAGCAUAGUGAAGAACAUUUCUUCUGAACAUUCAAUGUCCACUACACCAUUGACUUCAGGGGAAAAGAACAGAAAUUCCAUUAACUACGAGCGGCAACAAGCCCAAGCUCGCAUCCCUAGUCCUGAGACAAGCGUCACCAAUUUGUCCACCACCAAYACAGCUGGCCUCACUCCUAGCACUGGCAUGACCACCAUAUCCGAAAUGCCUUAUUUGGAUGAAACAAAUUUACACACUACAAAUGUCAUGCAGCCAGGUGGGCCCACCCCUGUUUGUCUGCAGCUAACAGAGGAGGACUUGGAGACAAAUAAAUUGGAUCCAAAAGAAGUGGAUAAGAACCUGAAAGAAAGCUCUGAUGAGAAUCUGAUGGAACAUUCACUUAAGCAGUUCAGUGGGCCAGAUCCACUCAGCAGCACUAGUUCCAGCUUGCUUUAUCCRCUGAUAAAACUUGCAGUAGAGGUGACAGGACAGCAGGACUUCACACAAGCUGGCAACAGUCAGGCGUGUUUGAUUCCAGAUGUCCCAUCCGCUCAGGUCUAUCCUCUACCCAAGCAACAGAACCUUCCCAAGAGGCCUACUAGCCUCCCUCUAAACACCAAAAAUUCAACAAAGGAGCCACGGUUAAAAUUUGGUGGCAAGCACAAAUCAAACUUGAAGCAAGUGGAAACGGGCGUUGCCAAGAUGAACACUAUCAACGCCGCAGAGCCUCACGUUGUGACAGUGACCAUGAAYGGAGUGGCUGGCAGGAGCCACGGCAUAAACUGUCAUGCUGGCACCACCCAGUAUGCCAACGGCACGGUGCCCUCCAGCCAGCCCAGCAGCUCAGUGACACAGAGGGCCCAGGAAAUGCUUCAGAACCAGUUCAGCGGGGAGGAUAGUCGGCUCAACAUCAAUUCCAGUCCYGAUGAGCACGAGCCCCUGCUGAGGAGGGAGCAGCAGGUUGGCCACGAUGAAGGCGUUCUGGACCGCCUGGUGGACAGGAGGGAGCGACCACUGGACAGCGGCCGAACAAACGCCAACAACAACAACAGCAAUCCCUGUCCAGACACAGCUGCUGCCAGCAUCCAGAAUGUAGUGAGGAAUCCUGGGCAGAGCCAGACUAGAAGAGCACAGAGGCCUAAUUCGCUGGAUCUGUCAGCCACAAGUAGUUUGGAUAGCAGUAGUAUGCAGUUAGGUGACUCCUUACAGGAUGGCAAAUCAGGCUCAGGAGAGAAGAUCAAGAAACGUGUGAAAACACCGUACUCUCUGAAGCGGUGGCGUCCGUCAACGUGGGUCAUCUCCACAGAGCCGCUGCACUGCGAGGUCAACAACAACGCCAGUGAGCAGCCUCUGCCCCCCAAAUCCAGCACUGCUGUCUACCUUGCAGAGGGGGGCACUGCCACCACCAUGGUCUCUAAGGACGCAGGGGUGAACUGCCUGUGAAAUAUUGCAAAAGCCGACAAAUGACCUUUUUUUUUUUUGUGUUAUUUGAAACAAACGUGCAGAAGACAUUUUAAAAAAACUGCUUUCUCCUCCUGUCAGCAACCCCUACCAAGGACUCGCUUUAGAUUUCAGCUAUGCAGAAAAUUUUUAGCUUAUGCUUCCAUAUUUUUUUAUUUUGUUUUAUUUUUUGAAUGUUUUUGCACUUUUAUUUAGUAUCGCUAAAGUUAAGUCUGUCUGUUUUGACCACGGAAUAUAUAUAUGUGUAUCAAAGAUGUGGUCUCAAAAUAUUUUUUUAAAAAAAAAGUAACAAAAARAGUAUUGCUGAUAAUCAGUUUGGACCAGUUUCUUAAGGUCACUAAGAUCAUAAGCAGACUAUAAGACAGGUUUGACUGCAGUGGUGUCUUGUAACCAUGUUUUGAUUUCUGUGCACAAGCUAGUCUGUGUAUUUCUAUGUUACAGUGUAUUCUCUUUUGAACCCCUUAUUUUCCUUGUGUCAUAUUGAAAUGUGCAAUAGUCUAUAGCUCACAGUAGGCUUUGUUGAAAAAUGUGUUUCUAAAACUGCCACAUGUUCCCAUUUUUGUAUUUGUUAAUUUUUCCUUGACAGUUGAGCAGUCAGCCAGUCAUGAUAGUGAACUUUGCACAUCGCAGCCRGCUUGAAGCAGCUGCCAAUAUCACAUUGUGCUCAGAGGUGACAAUGCAUGAAUUUCCCCCAACUUGAAAGGGCUUUGAAAAAGGAACAAAAAAAAAAAUCUGAGCUCCAUACCUUUCUUUUGAUCCUUCCAAAUCAAAAUGUGUUUCCUUUAUAGUAGUAGAUGCCAGCCAGUGAAGUUCUGAGUAACAAAAUGUUGAACAAAUGUAAGGAAACAACAUCAGCUAUUUUUUUCCAUUUUAUUUUGUGUGCAGUUUCACUCCCUGUAUUUAUGUAAAAUAUUAUUUAGAUCACUAAUUAUGUACAUUGAAAAAUACRUUUUAUUCAGAAAUAUUAAUAACUGUCAUACUUAAAAGCUGAAGUGAAGAUAGGUUGUGAACAUAUUUUGUUUACACAGAGCAAAAAUCAUGAAUCUUACUUGGCACAAAACGGUUUUGUGAUGAGUCACAAAUCUUUCCUGAUUUACCUCCUUACAGACAGUAUGGGGURAAAAUCAGCCUGAUUACUUAUGCAGGUAGGUGCAUCCUAAUUGAUUGUUGUUGCCAAGUUGAGUUGAAACUCAAUCCUCCCUUCAGAGUUCUUAGAGGCCCUCAUUCAUCAUGUUAAAAUUUAUUGCAUACUUUUAAAAUUCAUGGGUGUUUGUGGGGGAGGGUUGGGGAUUUAUUUUUCCCUCUGCUUAGUCCCUUCUUUCAGUUUGUAUGAAUAUUGAUUUUAGCUGUCAGUGAAUGUGAAUGURAUAUGUAUUGAGAUAAAUUGUUUUUUCACUAUCUCAAGUCAACCUUUCCUUUUUUUGGAAUGAUUGGUUUUACUGUCUACUGAAACAAAAUUUAUUUCCUUAUUACUUAGGACGUCCCUCCACCUAAGAAAUAGCCUUCCACCUGAGAAACAUCCUUUCUGAUUGAAAACACUUCAGUAAAAACUAUUUAGAUACAAAAAGAUGUAACACAUCAGUCUGUGGUAACAAGCAAAGAUUUAUCACUUCMUCAAUUCAGUCAGCCUUCCAGACUCCUGUGGCAGGAUACUGGCAGCAAACAAUUGCCUCCCCCAGCCUGUCUCCUUUCAGCUGACUGAAGCAGAUGCUCUCUGCUUUUAAGCUCAUUUAUUUCCUUGCUGUUGUAUUAUUUUUUUCCUCCAAGGUAAACUUUACCAACACUGUUCUUCUCUAUAUGUUGAUACAACUAGCCUAAUUAAUGCCUUGCUUACAUCUGAUUCUUGCURUUCCCCAAAAUCCCUUGCUUGUGCUUGAUUGCUAUGAUUUUCUCUUGUAAUGCUUCUUAACGUUUCUUAGAUUCUCCUAGAUAUCUCCAAGAGAUAGCACUAUAAAUCCAGACUUUGAUUGAGUGUACUUGUAGAAAUACAAGCCACGAGGCACAUUUUGAGCUCCCUGUGCUCUGUAAGUACCAGUUGAAAUAGUACCUCUCAUCUCUGAGGCACAAUUAUGUUUUCCCCCUGUAUAGAACAGUUAUAUCUUCCCUUUUUWAAAAUACAGCCUCCUUCUGCUUUGACUUUUAAUUCACUCUCUGGCUUCCCAUCUGCUGCAAUCUCACAUCCCAGAUGUUGAAAACCUGCCAGUUGCUCAGCUGGGUUUGGAGACCUGACUCAGGAUUUCUGGCACUCUGUUGAUAUUUUUCACUGUGGUUCUGUUCUCUUCUGGCCCUGUGUGAGUCUCCAUUUGGAGUGCACCAAUUGGUGGUGUUUUGUGGUGAGCACCAUAUCGUGGCAUUGAAGAUUCUUCACUCCUUUCCCCAUCACUGUUGCUUUGCCUUGCACAGAUCAUCCAUCAGCAUUUCAGAAUGUGGGCUGGAAAAAGUAUUUGGGACUCUUGCCUGACUCAAACUACUCUGGRGAGAAAAAAGUUACUUCUCUGACUGCUGCUUCUUUCUGCUGAGACAGAUUUGCAGCAGUCUUUUAGCCUUUCUUUGCAGGCCAGGCCUUUGUAAGAAAUCCAACUUUUUGUGAUCAGUGCAAUCAAAAGAAUUUUAAUWCCAGAUGAAAAUGUUGUUCUGCAGUUUUUCUUCAACAUCCUUAAACAAUACAAUUUUUUUUCCCUUUGUCUAUCACUUGCUGGAGGGCCUUUGAAAUGGGUUAUAAUUAGUAGCAAGAUUGGCUGUGCAAUCUAUCAUGGAUAAAUAUUAUUUGUAACAUGAUAGAAAAAUGUACUUUAUCACAAAAUACCCCAUAGAUUAAAUAGAGAAAURUCUAUUCAAUUUUAAAGGUCAGUCAAAGCAAGCUCUCAAGUAGGUACCAAAAUACUGUAAUUCUGCACAGCUUGAUGAAAUCAGAUUAGCAGUUUGGUUUUAAUGUUUAAUUUAGUCAUGCCCUUUUUUUUCCUCACAGCACAUAAUCCAAUUGCCAUAGAAUACUUUCUCUGUAAGUUAAAUGAUACUGAAUUUUAUCUYGUGCUGCAGGGAAUCAUCCUUAACCAAACAAAAUACAUGUAAGAGAAAGAAUUCUACAAAUCCAACACAGGGAUGGUUGAUAAAUGUACUAUAAACAAGGAAGACAAAUGUGAUUUAUUUCCUUGUGGGUUAUGAUUUUGCUUUGUUUCUUUGACUUUUAAAGGAAAAAAAAAAAGGAUAAUUAUGAAAGUUGAUMAUUUCCUAUGAAUUUCUUAUGUAUAUUGCAGACAAGUUAAAUAUAGCAAAWUGAAAAUAGAAUGGUAGUGUAAAUACCUAUUUUAGUUGUGCCACUGUCAAAUAGGCAAUAGUAGAAUAUUUGUUAUGGUAAUUUAUAAUGGAUAAUUCAAAUGAAAUGAUAGAGCAAACAUUUUUGAUGUUGGYCUAUAUAAGACAAAAUCCAAAAUCUUGCUGGUUAGAGAAAAUGGCUUACUAGUARAAGCCAGGAGAUUUGCUUAGGUGAAUGCAUUGUCUCUUGUUCUGUUUCCUGUAAUAGAGGCACCAACAUAACAUGGUUUUUAGAAUGUGCAUUCUAACCAUUUGAACAGACAUGCUUCAUGGUCAGGUCUAUUUUCUUCUAGAAUUGGUAUUUAAAGUCAGAUUAUCUGCAACACUUCCCCCGAAUUUGUUUGUAAUGCUUUAUAGCUUCAUAUGCUAAAUAAUUAGUGUUACCAAGGCCUUUUUGAAAUUCCAAGAUGCACUUAAACUACACAGCUAAAGUAGAGGGAUUCCCAAUUUAAAAGMAAACCAUCUAACAGUAUCCUACUUACAAUAUUUUCAGAAACAUUUCCAUUCCUGUUUCACUUUCUUAGUGCCACUCAUUUGUCUCUUGUUUUCAUAUAGAAAAUUACCUAAUUUUCAAAGGCAACACAUUUUGAUUUUUUUUCAGUGCACUGGGCACAAGACAAUGCAAGAUAGAUCCUGGUGAGUUUCAGGAAACAAGCAACAAAAAAMCCMAUCUUAUAAAUAUGUUUAGAAAGURCAUAUUCUCCCACCUGWCAACUUUCUCUAAAARAAAUCUAGAAUUCUGCCUGCCUCAGAGAGGAAAAUAAGGAAGUUCUUURAUUGUAUGACAUAAGCUAUUGCCCCAAAUUUAAUAGUAAAGAAUUCUUACUUAAAAAUAUAUAURUAUACAUUGUAUAUGCCAUMGUUYCAGUGUUCAGUGCAUUUUGYUCYAAUGGUAUUCCUUUUCUAAAUGUUAAAAAAUAUCCACUAAUAAAACAUUACUAUGUCUAUGUUCRGAUUAUAAUUUUCUUUAAUGAAAAAAUACUCAAAAGUUCAUAGCUGUUCUGCCAUUGACAUGUUACUCUGGACAUUUCUAGCCUAAUUAAGGAGAAUUUUAAAAAAUCACACAUUUAAUYCAUACAGUGGAAAUUAAUUAUGCUGUAAUUUUUCCUUGUAUAAAAAUGAUUGCUGGUCCCAUUGCUGAAAUAGGCUGGGAUUAAGCCAUAAAAAUAAUAMUUGCCAAGCACAGUAACAUAUAAAUGACCUGAUAUCUAAUUGGAAAAUUUGUAGCAGCUUAUCAAAGUCAAUUGAAAUUGGAUUGAUCAGUCUUUGAAAGYUGGAUCAUAGACUGAACAAGUUAGUAUUUUGCAUAAAUCUGGAUUAUUUGAACUUUUCUGUCUGGUCUCUCAGUACCCAUUUUAACAGACAAAUAUAGAAACCAUCUUUUUAAAAUGUAUUUACUAUUUUUUGUUCAACCUCAAGCCUUUCUUCAGUGAAAAAAACUAUACAUAUUGCAGUGAAGCCAGAUAUAUAUAUAUAUAUUUAUGUAUACUCUGUAUGUAUUUAGGUGCAUAUGUAUGUUGUGUGUAAAUUCCAGGAUUAAAUUCUGUGAGUUACAGCAUCAGAUGGUAGCACUGGUAGAAAGUAUAAUGUGGGGKUUUUUUCAUAUGCCAUUUUAAAGUUGUCUUUGGUGCAUCAGAGUAAAGCUGGGAUCAGACUGUGACAUGUAGUCUAGUAGUUCAAGAUUUCCCAUGACAGACUUGUCACYGAUUAUUUGGGUGGAAUGGAYUUAUGUGAGAKAGAAACCUGAGAAUGCACAUGGCARUCUUUAUCUGAAGCUGAGUAAUUUAAGAUACCUCUCUCAAAGAUCAAAAAAUAACCCACAACACUUAACASGUGAUAAUUUUUGCAAGGCUUUUUUAUGUAGUAGCUAUAGUUAUGUGUGUGGUUGCCAUUUAAACAUAGUAUUUUAGUCCAUUAAAUCAAAUUACAUUUUAGGCUUCUAUAUUGUCAUAUGAAACUGUAGCUAUAGAAAUACAUCCCUUCUAGAUCUCACCCACCCCCCAAAUAGGUUCAGUUUUGAUGUGAAAGAGUAACAAAUCCGAUUUCUCAUUUUGAGAUUUCUUCUGUACUGAGUAGAAUUGGAGGCAGAACUUCCAUUUCUGCAAUAACAGAUGUGGGUGCUCCAGUAAAUCCAAAUGGAUGUUGUGAGGGAACGGGCACCUCAGGGGAUCACAGCUGAGCCCAGUGCUCUUGAAAUCAAAGAGUAGUCUUGUCUUUGUGGUGUUGAACAUUUCUGGGGAGGAUUAGCCCUGGCAAAGCUGAUGUGGAAUGUGGGACUGCAAGGGCAGCCCUGGCUCCUGGGCCCUGCAGGAUGUUGUGGUGAGGAUCUCAGGCUGUCAUUCUGGGCUGUGGCUGUUGUCAGAAAGUGGAACUGCACUGGGGAGUGGGAGUGGAAGGGUUCAAGAUAAAUCCUCAUUUACACCAAGGCCCUUGAUUGUUGAUCUGGGUUCCAUGCAGGUCUGUGUUAGUGCAUUCAACUCAUACAAAUCAGUUCUUAUGGCCAUUUCUGUUCUGUUUCACUGUACAUAAUGAGCAGGAACUAGUUGCAGUUAUGCUAAUUCAUAAUGUAAUAAUGAGAAUUUUUUCAAAACCUAUUGAUCAUCAGCAUUUGUUCAGUUGGUUAACUUCAAUGCAUACACCAUGCUUCCACAGCACAGUGACUGUCACGGGAAGGAAGGAAGGAAGGAAAGGAUUCUUCCCAGUCCUUGCAGACGUCUACAGAUCACUGGAGUGUAUCCAUCAGGGGCACAGCAUCUCCCCUGGUAACUAUUUUAAAGCAGAAAUAAUUAGCCUUUAUCAUUUCCUAGUUCCAAGGUCUCCCAAAUGUCCACUUUUGUAGCCUAUUYACUUGUUUUUAAGACAACAAAUGUGGGAGGUUUAUUUCUAGAGCACUUGAUUCACUUUCUUUUUUGUGCUUCAGAACUGUAUCAUGAAGUAUCACACUUCAGUCUUGUUUAUUCAGAAAAUAGUUAAUGUUUCUGGUUUUGUAGUUUGUAAGAAGUCACAAGAACAAACAGGCAAGUCCAAGUUACAGCUGACUCAUUUGUCACUCUUGAAUUUCCUGAUUGGUGACUCUUCUCUCUCUUUCACACUGUUGAAAUGUAUUUAAAACAGUUUGUAUGUAUAUGUUUCUUGUCUGCUUUUUGUCUCUAGAGGAAAGUGUGCUCUAUACACAUUUAUAUAAGCUGGAAUCAUAUUUUACAAUUGCUGUUGAUUAUUUUCCCCCCAAAUGUAGURUAAGAGGAAAAUAAGCAUGGCAAGAAUGAACUUCUAGGGUUUGGUCUUCUGUAAAAGCUGAAAUAAGAGGAUGCAAAACUGCCAUUUUCCUUAUGAAAGACUGUAAAGAGAGCAUUACUUUCUGAGCGAGCUUUUCUGGGGGAAGAGGGGGAGAAAUCCUAGAAUAUGGAGUCUCAUCAGAACCCUUUUGUUAACGGGUAUUUUUGGUUUUCCUCUCAGAUGGCUGAGGAAAUAUCAUGUAUGAAUUUAUAAAUAAUUGCUUUCAGUUAUUUCUUUUGUAUAAGCUGCCCAAUACCCUUGCUAUGCUGUAUAAGUUGUGUUUCAUGGAACAGUGUGAGUAUGAAAUAAAAAGCUAAUUUUUGGUUUUAAUCAUCUGUGGAUGCCACUAUGAAAGCUGACAUUGUUAAAGCCACUACAGAGUUUUCUAUGAAUACUUGUAAGAAUUGCUUUGUUAUAUAUAAACCUAAAUAAAGAGAUUGUAUUGAUACAGAGA